CCCUCUGGAGAGACCCGAGGUCCCCAAGGAGGAGAGCGGGCUGCCGACCAGCUCACGUGGAAGCACAGCGCGAAGUCCUUCGCGUGUGCGUGUGCGUGUGCGUGUGUGUGUGUGUGUGUAAGUCUGCUGCCGACGGGAGGGGAGCAGGGGGCGGAGAGGCAGGAGGGCGGAAUGUGGGCUGGGCCAAGUCUAGAAUUACAAGGGCCGCAGAGGAGUGGGAACCACACUUUAAAUAGCCAGCCCCUCCCCUCCCCACUAGAUAAUUCUCCCCUCUGACCGGACUUCUGGCAGCAACUACACGAAGGUGGAAUGGAUAGCAGGGUCUCGGGCACAGCCAGCAAUGGAGAAACAAAACCAGUGUGCCCGGGCGUGGAAAAGGUGGAGAAGGACGGCACCCUGGAGCGGGGGCACUGGACCAACAAGACGGAGUUUGUGCUGUCGGUGGCCGGGGAGAUCAUCGGGCUGGGCAACGUCUGGAGGUUCCCCUACCUCUGCUACAAAAACGGGGGCGGUGCCUUUUUCAUCCCCUACCUCAUCUUCCUCUUUACCUGUGGCAUUCCUGUCUUCCUCUUGGAGACAGCCCUGGGCCAGUACACUAGCCAGGGAGGCGUCACAGCCUGGAGGAAGAUCUGCCCCAUCUUUGAGGGCAUCGGCUACGCCUCGCAGGUGAUCGUCAUCCUGCUCAACGUCUACUACAUCGUCGUCCUGGCCUGGGCCCUCUUCUACCUCUUCAGCAGCUUCACCGUCGACCUGCCCUGGGGGAGCUGCCGCCACGACUGGAACACAGAGCACUGUGUGGAGUUCCAGAGGACCAACGGUUCCCUGAACGUGACCUCUGAGAAUGCCACCUCUCCUGUCAUCGAGUUCUGGGAGAGGCGGGUCCUGAAGAUCUCGGAUGGCAUCCAGCACCUGGGGGCCCUGCGCUGGGAGCUGGCCCUGUGCCUCCUGCUUGCCUGGGUCGCCUGCUACUUCUGCAUCUGGAAGGGGGUCAAGUCCACAGGCAAGGUGGUGUACUUCACAGCCACGUUCCCUUACCUCAUGCUGGUGGUCCUGUUAAUCCGAGGGGUGACGCUGCCCGGGGCAGCCCAAGGAAUUCAGUUUUACCUGUACCCAAACCUCACGCGUCUGUGGGAUCCCCAGCCCGCCCCCCGCAGGGACUGCAUCGCCCUCUGCUUCCUCAACAGCGGCACCAGCUUCGUGGCCGGGUUUGCCAUCUUCUCCAUCCUGGGCUUCAUGUCCCAGGAGCAGGGGGUGCCCAUCUCCGAGGUGGCUGAGUCAGGGCCCGGCCUGGCCUUCAUCGCCUACCCCCGAGCUGUGGUCCUCCUGCCCUUCUCUCCGCUCUGGGCCUGCUGCUUCUUCUUCAUGGUCGUCCUCCUGGGACUGGAUAGCCAGUUUGUGUGUGUGGAAAGCCUGGUGACAGCGCUGGUGGACAUGUACCCCAGCGUGUUCCGCAAGAAGAACCGGAGGGAGGUGCUCAUCCUUGGAGUGUCUGUCCUCUCCUUCCUCGUCGGGCUGGUCAUGCUCACGGAGGGCGGUAUGUACGUGUUCCAGCUCUUUGACUACUACGCAGCCAGCGGCAUGUGCCUUCUGUUUGUGGCCAUCUUUGAGUCCCUCUGUGUGGCUUGGGCCUAUGGAGCCGGGCGCUUCUACGACAACAUUGAAGACAUGAUCGGGUACCGGCCGUGGCCCCUUAUCAAGUACUGCUGGCUCUUCCUCACACCCGCUGUGUGCACAGCCACCUUCCUCUUCUCCCUGAUCAAGUACAGCCCGCUGACCUACAAUAAGAAGUACAUGUACCCGUGGUGGGGUGAUGCCCUGGGCUGGCUCCUGGCUUUCUCCUCCAUGGUCUGCAUUCCCGCCUGGAGCUUCUACAAACUCAGCACACUCAAGGGCUCUUUCAGAGAGAGAAUUCGCCAGCUCAUGUGUCCAGCGGAGGACCUGCCCCAGUGGGACCGAGCAGGACCCUCUGCCCCGGCCACACCCAGGACUUCACUUCUCAUACUCACAGAACCGGAGUCCCACUGCUAGGGGGCAGCCCUGGGAUGGCCCAGUGAGCCUGGCUGUGGAGACAGUGGUAGAAGCAAAGGGUGGAAGCAGCCCCCUGUGCUGCUUCCUGUGCUGCUAUGCGCCCCACCUGGGGCAGACAAGACAAGAGGGGACAUUUUGGAAU